GUACUACCAGUACACACAGAGGUUCACCACGUCAGAGCGCCAAACUCAGCGGAUGACCGGAGUCGGAGCAAAGUGCACACAGGAAGCCGCUUGUGCACGACUCGCUCCUCCGUGGUCUCCACCGCUCGCCAGAAUGCGGCGGUGUUACGGCAAAGUCCUGCGUCCUCUGUGGCUCUCUCCAAUCGGCGUCUUGUGUUUUUCGAUGUUCUGGGUCGCACCUGUGAUGUUACACCCGCAGUGUUUGGAUUUUAAGCCUCCCUUCCGACCGCUGAGGGAGCUCGACUUUUGCGUCAUGUAUAAGGACUUUGGUUGCUGUGAUUAUCAGAAGGACCAGGAGCUGAUGGCCAGGUUCUAUCAAGUUAUGGAUCAUUUUGAUUAUCACGGAUACGCAAACUGUGCGGGCUACGUCCUGGAGCUGCUGUGCCAGGAAUGUUCUCCCUAUGCAGCUCACCUCUUUGAUGCAGAGGACCCGAGCACCCCGGUCCACACCAUCCCUGGCCUCUGUCAGGACCACUGCUUCCAGUUUUGGAAAAAGUGCAGCUCUGCCAUCCCCUUCCUGUCGGACGACCCACACAUAGCCAAAGUCAAAGAAGACCAGGCACGUUUCUGCGAGUAUGUUGGGCUUGGUGACGUGGACUACUGCUACCCACACCUCCUUAGCAACCAAAAGCUCACUCAGAAUCUGGGUCGAGUUCAGUCAGACUCAGAAGGCUGUCUGCAGCUGUGUCUGGAAGAAGUGGCCAACGGUCUGCGGAACCCACUAUCCAUGGUCCAUGCUAACGACGGCACACAUCGUUUUUUUGUGGCAGAACAGUUGGGCUUGGUAUGGACCUACCUUCCUGACCGGUCCAAAUUGCUGAGGCCAUUUUUGAACAUUACCAAGGCAGUGUUAACAUCAUCAUGGGAAGGGGACGAGAGAGGCUUUCUAGGACUCACUUUUCACCCCAAGUACAAGUACAAUGGAAAGCUGUAUGUGUAUUACUCAGUGGAGGUGGGUUUUGAUGAAAGGAUCAGGAUCAGUGAGUUCCGUGUAUCUACCAAUGACAUGAAUUUAGUGGAUCACACCUCUGAGCGGGUUAUUCUGGAGAUCGAUGAGCCUGCAUCAAACCACAAUGGAGGGCAACUGCUCUUUGCAGAUGAUGGUUACUUGUACAUUUUCACAGGUGACGGUGGAAUGGCAGGAGACCCAUUUGGGAAAUAUGGGAAUUCUCAGAACAAGUCAGCUCUCUUGGGUAAAGCUCUGCGCAUUGAUGUGGAUGACAAUGAGAGAGGCCCAUUGUACAGAAUCCCUCCAGAUAACCCCUUCAUACACGAACGAGGAGCUCGACCUGAGAUUUAUGCUUAUGGUGUCCGCAAUAUGUGGAGGUGCUCGGUGGACCAGGGUGAUCCUCGAACGAAAGAAGGAAAGGGAAGAAUCUUCUGUGGGGACGUAGGCCAGAACAAGUUUGAAGAGAUUGACAUCAUAGAGAAAGGGCGGAACUAUGGCUGGAGAGCUAAAGAGGGCUUCUCCUGCUAUGAUAAGAAACUGUGUGCCAACAGCUCACUAGAUGAUGUCUUGCCUAUUUAUGUAUAUUCGCACAAGAUGGGAAAAUCAGUGACUGGAGGUUACGUAUACCGAGGCUGUGAAAACCCCAACCUGAAUGGCAUGUACAUAUUUGGAGACUUCAUGAGCGGGCGUUUGAUGAGUCUGCAGGAGGACAGAAACACAGGGCAGUGGAAAUACAACGAGAUCUGUAUGGGGAUGGGCCGAACUUGCGCCUUCCCUGGACUCAUAAACAACUACCACCAGUACAUCAUCUCCUUUGCUGAGGAUGAAGCUGGCGAGCUGUACUUCAUGUCCACUGGAAUACCAAGUGCUACGUCACCUUCAGGAGUCGUUUAUAAAGUGGUGGAUCCCUCAAGACGUGCUCCACCGAGACAGUGUCACUAUGACCCUCUUCCUGUCAGAGUAAAAAGUCAUCUCAUCAAAUUUGUUCCGCAGGAAUCAUUGAUUGGACUUGAGCCAUUAAGCAAAAAUAUGCCCGAGCCACAACCCACAGAAUCACAUGACUGGCUCCAAGAGCUCAUUGACCAUCUAGGUGAACCAGGACCACACCUGGCCACCCCUCUACCAACCAUGACCACCACCAAACCACCCAGACAGUCAAGACGGAAAGGUCGGCGCAGGAAGGAAAAAUCCAGAGUAGAAACUGCACCAGAGAUCCAGAGUGGAAUGGUAAGGCUGGUCGGAGAUGAACAAGGUCGCGAUGACCGUGGACGGGUGGAGAUCUACAUUAACAGGGAGUGGGGCACUGUGUGUGACGACCUAUGGACCACCAAGAAUGCUGCUGUGGUUUGCCGGCAGCUAGGCUUCCAAUACGCUCUGAAAGCAGCCAAGAACUCAGAGUUUGGUGAGGGGAAGGAUCUGCGGAUUCUUCUGGAUGAUGUUCAGUGUGAAGGGACAGAGUCCAGCCUGCUGGACUGCAGACACGCCGGCGUUGGUACAAAUAACUGUGCCCACUAUGAAGAUGCAGGGGUGAUCUGUGGCAACUCAGACUUUGUUAUUGAAGUCUAAAAGUGUGACUACUAUAAAGUCAGAGCUAAUUAUGAUUAACUUAACCUGUUUUCUUAAAAAUCCAACAUCAAUUUAACACUGUCAUAAACAGGUAUUAUGAGGACUUUUCACAUUCCCAUAAAUGAGCUGGGAUUCUUUGAUGACAUCCAACGCUGUUUAUCCAAGCUCUUUCUUCACUAAUGUCUUCUACUUGUCUGCAGAGGCACUUUACAAAUUUUACUCAACCGUAAAUAAAUAUAAUCAAAAGUUUCUAUGAGAGUUGAUUUUUAUAUUUUCAUGACAGACUUUAAUGUUUAAUUUGAAUGUAUGUUUAGCAUUGAUUUAUUACAGUUACAUAUUAGACAGAGUAUUUCCUAAUGUGUUGAAUGUUCACCACCUAUUGAAUGAAUGUAUUGUUAUAUCCUGAGGUUACCAUGUUGGUAUGUGAUUUUAAUAAAAGCUUCAAUUCUAGUCUCUA